AUGGCGGAGCAAAUCACACAAAGUGCUUAUGUUUUUGCUUUGAAAACAAUGCAGAAUGUAGAAGAUAGAGGGGAGAGAAUUUCAAAAUUCGGCGGUGGAAAAUUGAGUCCCAACAGGUGCAAAUGUGCCUAUUUGUUUGAAGAGUAUGGUACUACUCCUGGUAAUCUCCAUCCACAAGAAUGUCUACCAAGGUGCACAUAUAGAUGCUCAAAGACACAGUACAAGAAGCCAUGCAUGUUCUUCUGCCAAAAAUGUUGUGCAAAAUGCCUUUGUGUUCCUCCUGGUACUUAUGGGAACAAGCAAUUUUGCCCUUGCUAUAAUAACUGGAAAACUAAGAGAGGAGGCCCUAAAUGCCCUUAG